CCGGAGAUCGUUAAAGUGAGUGAUCGUUCAAUUUUUCAUUUGUGAAUUAGCUCUUCUCCUAUCACUUCUUCAACUUCACACGCAUAAUCACACCAUCUUUUUGCUUUUAGUAACAUCGUUUGGUUUGCAAAAACGAAUCAUAAAUCUGCUGAAUUCAGGACUGAAAGCGGUUGCGGUGAGAAAGAUUCUGCGCAAAUGCCCAAAAGUUCUUAUCCUGGGGCCGGAAAGAAUGGGUCGCCUGAUUGCUGGAAUCAGUUCUUUCUUCACCGCCAAACAAGUCAGUUAUAUGCUCGAGCAGUCGCCACAAAUUUUGCUUUCGAAUUUUGAAGAGUUAAAACAAAAGUAUGAGUAUAUUUAUUAUAUGAUUGGUCUGGACAAUACGCAUGUGUGGUUUCAGUAUUCGUUGAUGCACAUUCAAAUGAGGCACGAAUGCGUGCUGCGGACAGGCGCGUUUGUUAAACCGGACCCAAAGCGGCCGUUUAUUUCCAGUCACAAUCCAAAGCUGUGGCAAAUAUUAGAUAGCGAUGACAAAACGUUUGCAACAGAAGUAUGUGGCAUCUCAUUAGCCGAAUACGACACAUUUCAGCGCAUGUAUGAGCGUCAGCGUGAAAGGGAGGACGGAAAAACAGUCGAGUACUAUAAAGUUGAUGAAGCUGCGGAGCAAGAUGCAGACGACGAGUGA